UUGUGCUAUAAUCUCAUGUAGUCUCUUUCUUCCUUUCUAUUUUGAUUUCUUAGUGACCAACAAGCAACUUUUGGAGCAGUUUGCUCAACAAAAGGAUGAGAGUCAUGUGAAAAUUUCAGCCCUGAAUAAAAAAGUAAGCUUCGGAUGAAUUUUAUCCACAUGUAAAGUAUUUGCCUCAGGAGAGCUUGUAUUUGUCAUAAUCCAUGUGUUUGUCCAUUUUAGAUUAGAGACACUAAAGAAAAAAUUAGAAGAAUCAGAAGAAUGCUUUCUUCCUCCCAUCGUAAUAACUGGAACCUGAAGGCAAGUGUCAGAGAGCUGCAAAGGAGAUGCAUGAAAAUGUGUUAAGAGAGAGAUGCACUUGACUUGAUGCUGGAGGAGAGAGAGAACAGAAUAAAAAGUGCCGAUCUGGAGCAGGAGGAAUUUCAGAAGACAUUUCAAGAGAAAGAGAUGGCUCUACAGCAGAAGCUGGGGCAGCUUGAGCAGGACUGGAGAGCGAAGCGGGAAAGAGUGAUGGAGGAGAGGAGCGAGCACAAGCAGUUUGCGAAGGCUCUGCUCCUUAAGCUGUUCAAGACUGAGCAGGUGCACCAGACCCAGAUAUGUGACUAUGAGUUCAAGUACAGGGACUCACUAAAACUGGUGUCUGAGCUGCAGCGUCAAAUCGAGGAGCGUGAGGUUGCAGUUCUUCAGAACAAACAGGAGAAACUUGGUAAGAAGGACACUAUCAGUUGUUUUUUUAAUUGGUAUCAUGACAGAACAUUAAUUACCCCUCUUUUCCCUCAUAUUCAAAGCAAAGGCGGCAAGCAAUGUCCUUGAGCC